UUCCACUGAAUAACGAAAUUCUCAACUCGGCUUUUUGAAUGAAAAAUAAACGAGGAAUAUAAAGAAAGGGGUAAAAUGAUGAUUGAAUGAAUGAAUGAACCUUAUGGUGAAACGGACAUGAGAGAAAGGUAUUAAUUAGGGCUGUAAUGUGACUAUUUCGUAAGGCCAGUAAUACGAGUCUUGUCCUUUCAUGACGUCACUUACUUCUGUUCUACCGGAGCAUUUCUUUUUCUUCUAUUCCAAUGUUGACACCCGUAUCAUGAGUGGUACAUACCCAGGUUAGGUUAAUCUAUUUGAAUCUAGACUGUUCGUAAACUUUGGCUUAACAUCAACACCGCUCACCUUCUCGUCGUCUUGUCCCUCAGGCAACAAAACGAGUCUGUUCUCAACAUGACUCGACGUGAGACUCUAAUCGCCCUCUCCAUAGUGUAUGCCAUUCUAACGGCCAAAGAGGAUGGCAGACCUGCUCGGAAACCUUCUCUCUUGAGGAGAGUUCUUCGCCUCUUCUAUAUGUAUUGGCUAUCCUUCCGACUGGUACGGGAAGAUCUGUUUAAGCCUCUGCGUAGCGUAUGGAUAAUCAACGAGGACAGCUAUAAAGCCAGCUUUAGUGCCAAGAAACAGAUCGACAAGAAGAAUAAAGCUGUUCUAAUACCAAUGGGUGAUAUGGGUUACAGUGGCUCGACAUUCUUCUGCACUAAUGACGGCGCCUAUCUGGUGAAGUCGGUUCCUCGACACUUUGAGCAUUACUUCUUCAAGAAUGAGAUGCUCAUACCUUACGCCGAUCAUAUGCGCGUCAACCGUUCUAGUCUACUAGUGCGCAUCACCAACUUCCUCGAGAGCACCCACAAGACUAUAGGUACGCUGUUAGGCCUCGCGCCAAGCCAUCACAUCGUCAUGGAAAAUAUCUUGUACGGACAGGACCAAGGCCCAAAAUCGAAAUGGGAGUCGUCGGACCUAAAACCUACCUCCUAUUUCUUCCCCGAGAGAGACAUCGCCGGAGGAGCGUUAGCUUCCCAGGCCACCAAGUCAAAGCUCGCAGACGAAUUCAACGAUAAGAUUCGACUCUCCGAAGCACAGGCUACCGAAUUUCAACGUCAGAUAGAAAACGACACUCUACUUCUUGCGAACUGCAAUGCCGUCGACUAUUCGCUCUUUCUCGUUCGGAUAUCUGCGUUAGACGCCCCGACCGUCGAAUCGGAACCCCUAAUCGAGUUGGAAGAGGCCGGCGACGAACCCAUCCCGUCUGUCCAACUGCCUUUCACACCGCCUAAUCCCCCGAGCUGGAGGACGGGAGUCGUAUCGAGCGACGGUAGAGAGAUUUACAGAGCUUCCAUCUUGGAUUUCUUCUGGGCUAAGCACACAAUUCACGCAAAGGCAAUGACUACGUUGAUCCGAGGGUAUAACCUCAUUGACGACCAAGGACCGAUGAGCAUCACCACGGACAGCGAGGAGUACCGAAACAGGUUCUUAGAUAUGUGUAAGGGGCUCGUAGAAGUACAAGGAUAAUGUUCAAGCAGGAAUUUUCUGGAGUUGGUUUACUACAUACGGUGGCGUUAUAUACAGAGAGGAACUUGGUUAUUGGAUUCUCUUUCCUUGGAGCUGGGCGGGCAAUAACAUAUACCCCUAUAUAUCUCCAUUGUUUAUCUAUUGCUAUGGUCAUUAGUAAUAAAAUAAGGCCCUCAUCGUCCGAAAUUUCUCAUCAUACCCUUCUUUGAUGCUUGCAUAAAUGUCCUUUUGUUCCGUAUAAGAGACGACGGGAAAUGAAGCAUGAGAGUACCUCCUCGAUUUAGAUUUAAUCAUGAAAAGAAGCAAGAUGUCCUAACAAAG